AUGAUUCGUCUCCAGUCCCGUUCAGACACCACCGUUGAGUUCUACUCCCUCCGGGACGACUACAUCGCCAAUCCCACCCGCCCUCGCAUCCGCAUAGACCCUGCAGAGCUUGGCCCGCCUGCGGAUCCCAUCGUCAAGCUUACUCGCGAGUGCAGUGCCCUCCGCCUGAAGCUGGCCACCGCCGAACGUCGCGGCCGCAACUCCGCCUCCCGCCAGGGCCUCCAACCUCCCGCGCCGCCGCCACCUUCGGCUCGCACCCCUCCCUCCACCACUUCCACUCUCGCCCACACACUCGAUACCGUGCUGGCUCAACGCGAGGCUGCUCGGACACAUGUCCACGCGGAGAUGCUGAAGCUCGCGGAGCGCUACAAGGCGCUCGAGCGCACUCUCCGCGACAUGCAGGACACCCUUCGGAUGAAGGACCGGGAGAUUGACGCUCUUCGUGCCGAGCGCGAUCACCUCGUUGCAGAGCGGGAGGAGGCCCGCUUGAAGAGCAGGAGUACGAGCAGGGACAGGUCAUCGUACGUGACUACUACGGACGAUCGCGACCGCCACCACAGAACUCGCGACCGGAGCAGGAGCAAGCGCAGGUCAAGACGGUCGGACGACCUGCCCCCCAUCCCCUUGGUUUCAUCGAUGACUGUGGAGGCGGAGCAUUUUGCGAGGGCGAGGAGCAUGGACGUCUUCCUCACAAAGACGGACAACUGGUCGGGUGCGCAAAUCAUUCAGGCUGUGGACGACCUCAACGCCGAGAUCAACCAAUUCGCCGCUGCCGUGACCGACUCGUGUUCGUUUGUCAGAAGAUCGGCCGGUAAGGCUCCUUUGGCGAUGUCUUCCGAACAAGAGAACACAACCCCUUGGCUCGGCCCUGCAUUUUCUCGCAUCCUCGCCCUCCGCGAUCAUACCCAAGACCCCGUUUUGGUUCAACUCGCUCUCCAAGCCAGCAUCGUGACCUGCUGCGCUCGGUCUCUAACAUUAUUCUGUAUCGGUUUCCCUUCCAAGCUGGACGCUCUCCUCUCCCGUGUACUAACUCACAUGCAAUCAUCAGAGCCGCAAGCAACGUCUUCGCGCUGGCGCGCCCUCACCCACCGUGCGAUCCGUACACUGUAUCCGGGCCUGGAAGACUAUGCCAUCUCAGAACUAGUCACUACGAUGCAACGCUGGUCGAAUGCUGUCUUCAGUAUAUGCGGCUCAAGCGGCGCCUCCAUCACCACCUCCGCCGCGCUUCAGCCCCAGCUCCGCCGGAUCGCAGAGGCGGUGUACAAGCUCGCACGCGUCACACGUGAAGAAAUCUUGUCCACUACCUUCGAAGUCUUCCUCAUCGACGCCGGCCAGACGUUCGAGCCUGGACGCAUGCUCAACAAGAUGCGCGAAGGCGAGCACGACGAGGACCACGGCUCCGUCAUCGCGGACGUCGGGUUCUCCAGCAACCACCACCUCGGCCACGGGGGAGCUGCGACGCCCGACGUUGGACACGUGUUGUGCACGACCGAGCUCGGGCUGCGCUGUGUCACCCGGAGGGACGCCAGGAACAGCCUGUACGCGGAGAACAGCGCGGAGGCGGAUCCCUUCGACAACAGGACGCUGCUCCUCCCGAAGGUCUUCCUCGACUCCGCGAUGGACGUGAUAGAGCGUGGGUGA